CGGUCAUUUUUAUUUUUUUACUGCCUUAUUAUCCUUCCUAGAUGAAACAAUUCUUAAUUAAUUAAUUAAAUAAAUAAACAACAAAAUCCUAACGACCUUUUUCUUGAAAAAAAAGUGGUUUCGACUCGACCGUUUUCUUUUCCGCCAGUCUGCCGCCCCGCCUUCACUCCAAACGUUCUCUCUGUUUCUCUCUGCAACAACCCAUGGCCCAACAGGGAGAACCGAAGCAGAAACCUCUCUCUUCCUUUCUUUCUAGAUAGGAGAAUCGAGAAGGUAGGCGAGAGGAAAAAGGAAACGGAUAAUCAUAAUAUCAUCCCUCUCCUUUCCUCUUUCUCUUCAUUCUUUCCUCGAUUGAGCGAGAGAGAAAAGAAAGAAACAGAGUGUGGGGUUUUCCCCCUUUCAAUCUCCAAAAAUGGGUUGCUUCUCAGCGUGUUUUGGUUCCUCCAAAGAUCGCAGAAGGAGGUGCAGGAAGCAGCAUCACAAGAAGCACAACCAGGUUCAGCCUCGGUACCAGAGAAAUUCUGAUCAGGAUCUUGUGCCAUCAAGCCUACCCGUGGAGCAGAGCCAAACUUCAGAGGAACCAGUGAUCAUCAGCACAGUGGUAGAAGAAAUCGAGGAGGAAAAGCCAGAGGGGGAGUCGAGUCCGGUUUAUCUUCGCAAAAGAGUGACAUUUGAUUCCAAUGUGAAGGCAUACGAGCCUGUUUCAGUUGAAGAAUCCGCUGAAUUUCAGAAUGCUGCUACUCCCAAGCAACAUAUUGAUAAUGGAAAAGAUGAUGAUCAAAACAAACACCCAAAGCAAGACCAAUCCGAUGAUACUUCCUCUGAAGCAAGUUCUUUGACAACAAGCUCCAGCUCCUACCCUUCCAUCCAUCGGUACCAGAACUGCAGGGAUAGCGAUGACGACGAAUUCGAUUUCGAGGGCCAAACAGAUUCUGAUUCUGACAAUGAGGAUGAGGGUGAUGGGGAACUCGACUAUUCCGACGAUGGCAUUUACGAUGAGUCGACCACUAGUUUUCCCUCUGCCACAACUAACACUGCCACAUUUCCCUCUGCUGCUGCAGCCAACGACGAUGGCUGCUUACCGAAGGUGGGAAUGGAGAAGCAGGGGCAGAAUGUGCGAGACAGGAGUGGGUAUGUGCAUCCAGUGCUGAACCCUGUAGAGAAUCUUACUCAAUGGAAGGCUGCCAAGUCCAAAAAGUCAUCACCACCACCACAAUUGAACCAUCAGCCUUCUGAUAAGGAGAAUGAUGACCAAGAACCCAGCUUCAAGGUGAAACCCAAGAAGACAGUGAACCAGGAACAAGUAAUAGCAGUGGAUGCCAGCUUAUCCAAUUGGCUGAGUUCAUCUUCAUCAUCGUCAUCAUCAGACUGCUGCACGACAACACCAAAACCAAACGAACGGCCUACUACUACCUCUUCCACCACGCCACGGCCAGAGACGAGGAGCCCUGGCCAUUGGACGGGAUCGGCGUCCCCUAAGAGCUUUGAGGACAGGCCGAUCCUCGGGGCGUUGACGGUGGAGGAGAUCAGGCAGAUGUCAGCAUCGAAUUCUCCAAUUAGGAAGUCGCCUGGUCACAGCCCUGAUGACAAGUUCAUAAUUGGGAGCGUUGGGAGCUACUGGAGGAGUGAGAGCGAUAAUAGCAAGUCUGGAAAGAAGAAGGAUUUCAGCAGCUCUGCCUCGUCGUCGUUUAAAGGAAUCCCCAACGAAACCAGCAAGUAUAGAGAGGAUAAGAGAGUGAAUUGGCAGUCCACUCCGUUUGAGAUCAGGCUGGAGAGUGCUUUGAAUGGCGCCCAGGGUUAGAGGUGGACUGUGGUGGUUGUUAGUGAGAAAGUUAGCAGAGCAGCAGGAGAACAAGGGUGUUUGCAUUGGGAAUUUGUGCUAUUCUUCUAAUAUUCAUCGAUCAUCAACGCAACUUUUGAAAGUGUGUUUGUGAUUUGUGAAUGAUGAAUUUGUGAUGGAAUGUUUACACUUCGAGAACCAUAUUAGAGUAUGAUCCUACGGUUCAGUAGUUUCUUCUUUUCGGAGUGGACAACUUUCAUAUUGCUAUUAUUAUUGAGCGUGUUCUUCCUAAAUCCAGGUGUAUGUUGGGCCUUAUUUGAGUGGUUGGUGUCAGGAGUGUAUUUGUGAUUUGUAAAUAAUGAAUUUGAGAUGUAAUU